CAUGAUGCAGCCUCCCAGGGACAUAGGGAGGUUGUUGAGGUGUUAUUACAGAACAAGGCAAAUGUGGAUGAGAAACGUGAUGAUAACGGCACACCUCUACAUCGUGCAGCCUGGCAGAGACACAGGGAGGUUGUGGAGGUGUUAUUACAGUACAAGGCAAAUGUGAAUGAGAAACAGAAUGAUGGCGGCACACCUCUACAUAAUGCAGCCUACCAGGGACAUAGGGAGGUUGUGGAGGUGUUAUUACAGAACAAGGCAAAUGUGGAUGAGAAACGUAAUGAUGGCGGCACACCUCUACAUCGUGCAGCCUGGCAGGGACACAGGGAGGUUGUGGAGGUGUUAUUACAGAACAAGGCAAAUGUUAAUGGGAAACAGAAUGAUGGCGGCACACCUCUACAUGACGCUGCCUACCAGGGACAUAGGGAGGUUGUGGAGGUUAUAUUACAGAACAAGACAAAUGUGGAUGAGAAAGAUAAGAAAGGCCGCACACCUCUACAUCGUGCAGCCUCCCAGGGACAUAGGAAGGUUGUGGAGGUGUUAUUACAGAACAAGGCAAAUAAGGAUGAGAAACGUAAUGAUGGCAGCACACCUCUACAUGAUGCAGCCUACCAUGGACAGAGGGAGGUUGUUGAGGUGUUAUUACAGAACAAGGCCAAUGUGGAUGAAAAACGUAAUGAUGGCAACACACCUCUACAUCUUGCAGCCUGGCAGGGACAUAGGGAGGUUGUGGAGGUGUUAUUACAGAACAGGACAAAUGUGGAUGAAAAAAGUAAUGAUGGCAACACAUCUCUACAUCUUGCAGCCUACCACGGUCAUAGGGAGGUUGUGGAGGUGUUAUUACAGAACAGGACAAAUGUGGAUGAACAACGUAAUGAUGGCAACACACCUCUACAUCUUGCAGCCUACCAUGGACAUAGGGAGCUUGUGGAGAUGUUAUUACAGAACAAGGCAAAGGUGGAUGAGAAACAUCAAGGCGGCAGCACACCUCUACAUCUUGCAGCCGACCAGGGACAUAGGGAGGUUGUGGAGGUGUUAUUACAAAACAAGGCAAAUGUGGAUGAAAAAGAUAAGGAAGGCCGCACACCUCUACAUGAUGCAGCGGUGACAACCGAUGGCCAGUUUCUUAUGAAAUCAUCGUCAAUUCCACACGGAAGCUAUAACAAUGGCGGUUGGCUUACAUCCACACCACUAACAUCAACGUGCCCCGUGAACCAGACAUCAGUAGAAUUGCCAGGGGUGUAUGUUCCGGGCCACCUGGGACAGGCAGUUUCCACAGACAGACAAAGAGUUAUGGAAGAGAGAUACAUCGCCUUGCAGUCAUCCCAACCAUAUCAUAUAGACGGAAAUCUUAACGACCUCCUUACAGAUCCUGCACGCUUGGAGAUAUGUUCACCCAAUCAACGAUCAGAAACCAUAUAUGGAAUCUCAAGUCAUGUUCACACAUAUGUCCAUGCUCUAGUAGUUGGUGACACAGUGCCUAGUUCAGAUAACACUAGUAAUUCUGAGAAUACCAUCAUUCACUACACUGAGUCUGGGGAAAAGAUAGAGCUGCUGCAGCUCUAA